AUGUGCCUAAAAGUAGCUUUAAGUUCGUUAAUUUUUUUAGCUAAUAAUGUGUUAUGUAGGAAUGCUUAUCCAAGCUUAGGUAGUGUUCAUAAUUUUUCGUACAAUGAGCUAGGAGAUCAUACUAUGGUUACUGAUAGUGAGAUAUUUCCUUACGUUUGUGCUAUCCUGAGGAAGUCCACGUAUAUAAGUGCUGGUGCCCUGAUUGAUGAGAGCUGGGUUUUGACUGCUGGCGAUGCACUGUUCCUUGUCAGAGAGUCAGCGAGAGAACUGCGCGUACGACUAGGCAGUAUCAACUACAAGAAAGGAGGAAUACUAACGCCGAUCAAACUAUUCGAAAUCCACCCAUACUUCAGUGAUACGAAGCCAGAAUUCGACAUAGCAUUGAUAAAACUACCAAAACCAGUGAGAUUGACGCCAAAUUUGAACCCAAUAAGGUUGCAGAAGAGAACCAGAGAAGUGACAGCAACGCAUUAUAUAGUUACGUCAUGGCCUAUGCCUUUGCUUCAACAGCUUAAGUCCAUGGAAAUGAUCAAAAGACGACGCAUAUUGACGGUCUCCCACCUGCAUCCAUCAAAUCCUGAGAAAUGUGCUGAAGAAAUGGAAGGUUUAGACAUAAAUGCGACAAAUACCCUCAUGUGUUUGGACCUCUCAAUAGGAAUGGAGCCCUGUUCGCGAGACGUUGGCGCCCCAGUGGUCUUAAAUGGUAUUCUUUGGGGCAUCAUCUCUUCAUGGAAACCUGAAGACUGCGAGUUGGAGGCAGGUCCGUCGUUUGUAACCCUUGUAUCUCCUGGAGACAUCAGCUCCUGGAUACAUUCCACCGUCAGAGGUCACAGGUGGAGCAAGCGGCACACGGUGAAAUUUGAAAUAGCAUUUUUACAAUCUUGUAUAACAAGUGGUUACAAAGUUUGA